AUGCCUCUCGUACCGCGACUGUUCCCGGGCGAUGUCGAGCUGGGGAAGAGAGAUGAUGAUCAUAAACCAGGAGGCAAGAGUCAAUUGGGCCUGGCCUGGCAGCAUCGGCGCAUACCUAAUACGCCCCUGAGAAGAAGCAUGAAAAGGAUGGUCUUGGGCGUGCUUGCGCUGAUUGCUCUCUACUAUUUCUUCAGGAAUAUGCCCACGGAUCUGGAGAACCCAAGGAAAAGACCAAGUUAUGUGCAUGCGGCUGGACCAUAUGCGCCAUCUUCGAAGGAAUUACCGGUUAGCAAGGCCACCGCGUCCGAAGGAGGGCAGAGUAAUACGACGGAUGUUCCAUUACAUGAUUUCAAUGGUCCCAUAAAAUUUUACAACCUUGCCUCGACGCUGCAUGGAGCCGAUAUCUUGGGGAGUAAGGGAUAUGAACAGAUCAACAGUAAUGUACUUUUUGCGGCAGCUAGCUUGAAGAGUGCAGCCAUACUCCUGCCUAUAGCUUGUGAGAUGGCAAUUAGGCGAAGAAACUACGUACAUUUUGCGCUGCUGGGCAGGGACGAUAUAUCUAUGGAUAUCCUCAAGUCUGUGAAUGGUAUCUCCCAAGAAUGCAACAUCAUAUUCCAUGAUGCCCGCCCGGAUUUCUCUGUCCAAAGCUCCGACUUUCGCAUGGAAGUCAGUACUGUAGCUGCUUUCAACCACAUCAACGCGUACAUCCAUCCACAGGCUACAAUCCUUGAUGGGUCUGGAGAGGAGGAAUCGUGGUUUUUGAAGUCCCUCGGCGACCGCGUAGUCUCACUCGGCAGGACAGUGAUUGAGCUACCCGAAAAUGCCGAAAAGAACUUGAUGUGGAUCACGCUGCUUGACAGCUCGUCUCUGCGCGCCUGGAACCAAGUGUCUAUUGAUAUCAUUGUCCAUGCCCAGCCUGCGGCCUCUGGCGCGUUGAUUCGAUUACUCCGUUCCUUGAGAAAAGCAGAUUUCUUCUCGUCCGCGCUCCCUCGCCUGACAAUUGAGCUGCCUCACGACAUCGACGAAUCUUCAAGGCAGUUCCUCGAAGGCUUUCACUGGCCGCCAGUUUCUAGCCAUAACACCGGGAACCUCCUUACUCUCCAUCACCGAAUCCCGCAGCACGGACUCACUGCUGAAGAGAAUUCCAUACGAUUUCUCGAGUCUUUCUGGCCUGCAAACCCACUCGAUAAUCACGUUCUGGUUCUUUCUCCAAAUGUGGAACUCUCGCCCCUGUUCUUCCAUUACUUGAAAUACACGAUGCUGGAAUACGUAUACUCUGCAAGUAGCGAAGAUCUUCGUCAGAAUCUCCUUGGCAUAAGUCUGGAUUUGCCAUCUGUGUACUUGAAUGACUCGACUCCAUUUACCGCCCCUCUCGCAAAUGCCUCAGAAGAUGAAGACAACGUUGCCGCAGGCGCUACACAUUUCCUUUGGGAGGCGCCAAACAGUAAUGCCGAGUUGUAUUUUGGUGAUAAGUGGAUCGAGCUCCACGACUUCGUCUCCCAAUCUCUAUCGUCCCAGCACACUCUCCCUACGCCCACUACUCUGAACGAGAAGAUUGUGAGUAAAACCUACCCAUCAUGGCUGGAGCACGUCUUAAGGCUUGUCCGGAACCGCGGAUACUGGACAAUCUACCCGACUUUCGGGAACGAUUACGUGCUGGCAACACUUCACCAAGAUCUAUAUCAGGCCCCCGAAGAAUUCAAGGAAGAGGUGGAGGCAGAAGCAGAAAUGUCGGAGGAGCUAGGUGCUGACCCCAGCGAAUAUCUAUCGCUUAAACAGAAGGAGAGGGAUUCGUUGCUCAUCCAGACUUCUCUCCUGAACAUCUUACCGUCUGGCGGUGACUUGCCCAAACUCUCGACGAUGCCUAUAGUAGCUUGGGAUGGCACCAUAGCUGAUGUCGAUGUGAUUGCGGCGCGGGCUGAGAAUUACAGCAGUGUUUUCCGGAGAGAGAUUGGAGGGUGUGAUGAGGACAGUGUGAAGGAGGUAGUAGGGAUGUUUGCGGGGGAUCUAUUCUGUCUGAAUGACCCGAAGAAGUAG